GGGUACGCCGGUGUGGAAACCAAUGCGCUCCCAUUGAGAACAGUCCGUUAGCUAACGGUAGCUAGCUAUUAGUUACAACACUGACGGGAAAGUUGAGUUUCACGGUUUAUAUUGGAAUGCUACGUCAGUUAGCUUGCUAUCCAAUUGCUUUUCUUCGUUUAACAGUUGACAAACGGUUUCCACCGAACGCAUAUUUCCUUGAAUCGCUUGUUAGUUCGCUAGUUUGAAUUUCCCCGGAAGUGAGGUGGCCACUUGGAGCAGCAAGCCAAAGAUAAACACGUAUCAGAGACUCAGGCGUCUUUGGGGCUGGGGUAUACAUGUUAGUAAAAUAGACCGUGAAACGCUUGAAGAAGUAAAAAAAGUAAUUGGUCGUAAUAUAAUUAGUUGAGGGACCUGAUACAUGUUGUAAUCAUACUGAACGCCCCAAUCAAGGCGUUGGAACAAGCUCAGCAAGUGCAUUCCGUGACGAAAACGACAUCGAAUCCGUGAGUAGCUAACGUUAGCUAGCUAUCUGGCUGUCCAUAUUAGUUUCGCACUGCAGUGACAUUACUGUACAGCUAACUACUAAGAUAGCUGGCUAUUCAGAGAAAGAGCAGCCUAGCUAGCAAUCUCUUCCAGCCCAGAUUAGCUAACACAUCCCCUCAACUAUAAUCGUGCAUUGUUAGCUAGCUAACUAGCUAGGUAUUAGCUUUGUGUGGCUGAGUUGAAAAGGAUGUUCGCAUAAUGUCAAACUAAGCAAGCUGUCUUGUUAGCUAUCUUGUUAUUAACUUGCCAUCCGAUACAUCUACCUAGCUUGAUAGAUUACAUGUGGCAUUUCAACAAUGCAGUUUUAGUUUGGACGAAAUGAAGGCUUGAUUAAAUUGAAUGAAGAUGUCAAUCUACACUGAACAAAAAUGUAAACGCAACAUGUAAAGUGUUGGUUUCAUGAGCAAAAAUAAAAGAUCCCAGACAUUUUUCAUACACACAAAAAGCUUAUUUCUAUGAAAUGUUGUGCUCUAUUUUGUUUACAUCCCUGUUAGUGAGCAUGUAUCCUAUGCCAAGAUAAUCUAUCCACCUGACAGGUGUGGCAUAUCAAAAAGCUGAUUAAACAGCAUGAUCAUUACACAGGUGCACCUUGUGCUGGGGACAAUAAACGGCCACUCUAAAAUGUGCAGUUUUUUCACACAACACAAUGGCACAGAUGUCUCAAGUUUUGAGGGAGCGUUCAAUUGGCAUGCUGACUGCAGGAAUGUCCACCAGAGCUGUUGCCAGAGAAUUUGAAUGUUAAUGUCUCUACCAUAAGCCGCCUCCAACGUUGUUUUCGAAAAUUUGCAGUACGUCCAACCGGCCUCACAACAGCAGGCCAUGUGUAUGGUGUCGUGUGGGCGAGCGGUUUGCUGUUGUGAACUGAGUGCUCCAUGGUGGUGGUGGGGUUAGUAUGGGCAGGCAUAAGCUACGGAAAAACGAACACAACUGCAUUUUAUCGAUGGCAAUUUGAAAUGCACAGAUACCGUGACGAUCCUGAGGCCAUUGUUGUGCCGUUCAUCUGCCGCCAUCACCUCAUGUUUCAGCAUGAUAAUGCACAGCCCCAUGUCGCAAGGAUCUGUACACAAUUCCUGGAAGCUGAAAAUGUCCCAGUUCUUCCAUGGCCUGCAUACUCACCAGACAUGUCCCCCAUUGAGCAUGUUUGGGAUGCUCUGGAUCGAUUUGAACGACAGCGUGUUCCAGUUCCCGCCAAUAUCCAGCAACUUCGCACAGCCAUUGAAGAGGAGUGGGACAACAUUCCACAGGCCACAAUCAACAGCCUGAUCAACUCUAUGCGAAUGAGAUGUCACGCUGCAUGAGGCAAAUGGUGACACUAGAUACUAACUGGUUUUCUGAUCCAUGCCUACCUUUUUUUUUAUUUCAAUUGAGUUAUUGACUUAUAUGAACUAACUCAGUAAAAUCUUUGAAAUUGUAGAAUGUUGCGUUUAUAUUUUUGUUUAGUAUAGUUCAAACAUUGCUCUGUUUACACUUGCCCCUAGGCAGCUGUCAACAUACAUGUAUUUAUUCACUGGUUGUUACUUGUUAGCUAGCUAGUGAGGUAUAAGGAAACAAUUGGAUACCUUCCAAAUUAUGAAAUGACAAGGGCUGCUAUACAUUCUGAUUGCCUGACUGUGUUGCCCUGUCUUCCUACCACACAGCUGUAGAGAGUCUGACUGUUGUCCUGUCUUCCUACCACACAGCUGUAGAUAGUGUCUGACUGUUGUCCUGUCUUCCUACCACACAGCUGUAGAGUGUCUGACUGUUGUCCUGUCUUCCUACCACACAGCUGUAGAGAGUCUGACUGUUGCCCUGUCUUCCUACCACACAGCUGUAGAGAGUCUGACUGUUGUCCUGUCUUCCUACCACACAGCUGUAGAUAGUGUCUGACUGUGUUGUCCUGUCUUCCUACCACACAGCUGUAGAUAGUGUCUGACUGUGUUGUCCUGUCUUCCUACCACACAGCUGUAGAUAGUGUCUGACUGUGUUGCCCUGUCUUCCUACCACACAGCUGUAGAUAGUGUCUGACUGUGUUGCCCUGUCUUCCUACCACACAGCUGUAGAUAGUGUCUGACUGUUGUCCUGUCUUCCUACCACACAGCUGUAGAUAGUGUCUGACUGUUGUCCUGUCUUCCUACCACACAGCUGUAGAUAGUGUCUGACUGUUGUCCUGUCUUCCUACCACACAGCUGUAGUGUCUGACUGUUGUCCUGUCUUCCUACCACACAGCUGUAGAUAGUGUCUGACUGUUGUCCUGUCUUCCUACCACACAGCUGUAGAUACUGCCUGCACCAUGGUGCGUGCGGCCCUGGUGACUGCCACCAGUCUGGCUCUGACUGGCGCAGUGGUUGGCCACGCCUACUUCCUGAAACACCAGUUCUACCCCACUGUGGUCUACCUGACCAAAAGCAGCCCCAGUAUAGCGGUGAGUACACACCGUUCUCUACAUUCCCCUUUCACAUGUUUAUCAGAUGUGUGGUCUGUAACGUGGCUUUCCCUCCUCUCCUCUCCUCUCUGCGGCAGGUGUUGUACAUCCAGGCCUUUGUGCUGGUGUUCCUGUUGGGAAAGUUCAUGCGUAAAGUCUUCUUCGGACAGCUGAGAGCUGCAGAGAUGGAGGUGUGGACCAACGAUGUGUUAUUUCAGCGUUUUGUUUACUUCCUGUUUGGUUUACUAGAGCACCAGAUCUGUAUUGCUUGACAACUGGCACUGGACUUCUAUGUGAUGCUGUUGUUGCUUAGGCCUGUGAUGCAACCAUUAUACCCUCUUCACAAGCCAAGCUGUACUGCGUUGUCUUGGUUACACAUCCACCAUAUUUGUUAGACUCAUGCUGGAAAGGAACAUUUUGAAAAUAAAAUAUCAAAGCCAGUACAGGUUGGGUAAGUAUGAUUAAGUGUAAAAAGUUUAUAACUAAUAUUCAACUUCCUCUUCCUUCAGCAUCUGAUCGAGCGGUCCUGGUAUGCUGUCACAGAGACGUGUCUGGCCUUCACAGUGUUCAGAGAUGACUUCUCUCCCCGCUUCGUAGCCCUUUUCACCCUGCUGCUCUUCAUCAAGUGCUUCCACUGGCUGGCCGAGGACAGGGUGGACUUUGUGAGAGGCUAUUACAUGGCUGUUACAUUUCUAUAGAUAUUUCACAUAGUUAAGACAUUUUAGUUACUAUACAAUAAGCAUGUUUACCAUCUAGAAAGUGGCAGUGAAUGUGAAAGGAAAGCAAGUGUCUGUCCUUAUGGUAUUUUUCCACCUUCUCACUCAGAUGGAGAGAAGUCCUAAUAUAUCCUGGGUCUUCCACUUCAGAGUGUUAUGUGAGUAUGGGUUAUACACUGCUCAAAAAAAUAAAGGGAACACUUAAACAACACAAUGUAACUCCAAGUCAAUCACACUUCUGUGAAAUCAAACUGUCCACUUAGGAAGCAACACUGAUUGACACAUUUCACAUGCUGUUGUGCAAAUGGAAUAGACAACAGGUGGAAAUUAUAGGCAAUUAGCAAGACACCCCCAAUAAAGGACUGGUUUUGCAGGUGGUGACCACAGACCACUUCUCAGUUCCUAUGCUUCCUGGCUGAUGUUUUGGUCACUUUUGAAUGCUGGCGGUGCUUUCACUCUAGUGGUAGCAUGAGACGGAGUCUACAACCCACACAAGUGGCUCAGGUAGUGCAGCUCAUCCAGGAUGGCACAUCAAUGCGAGCUGUGGCAAGAAGGUUUGCUGUGUCUGUCAGCGUAGUGUCCAGAGCAUGGAGGCACUACCAGGAGACAGGCCAGUACAUCAGGAGACGUGGAGGAGGCCGUAGGAGGCCAACAACCCAGCAGCAGGACCGCUACCUCAGCCUUUGUGCAAGGAGGAGCAGGAGGAGCACGGCCAGAGCCCUGCAAAAUGACCUCCAGCAGGCCACAAAUGUGCAUGUGUCUGCUCAAACGGUCAGAAACAGACUCCAUGAGGGUGGUAUGAGGGCCCGACAUCCACAGGUGGGGGUUGUGCUUACAGCCCAACACCGUGCAGGAUGUUUGGCAUUUGCCAGAGAACACCAAGAUUGGCAAAUUCGCCACUGGCGCCCUGUGCUCUUCACAGAUGAAAGCAGGUUCACACUGAGCACGUGACAGAGUCUGGAGACGCCGUGGAGAACGUUCUGCUGCCUGCAACAUCCUCCAGCAUGACCGGUUUGGCGGUGGGUCAGUCAUGGUGUGGGGUGGCAUUUCUUUGGGGGGCCGCACAGCCCUCCAUGUGCUCGCCAGAGGUAGCCUGACUGCCAUUAGGUACCGAGAUGAGAUCCUCAGACCCCUUGUGAGACCAUAUGCUGGUGCGGUUGGCCCUGGGUUCCUCCUAAUGCAAGACAAUGCUAGACCUCAUGUGGCUGGAGUGUGUCAGCAGUUCCUGCAAGAGGAAGGCAUUGAUGCUAUGGACUGGCCCGCCCGUUCCCCAGACCUGAAUCCAAUUGAGCACAUCUGGGACAUCAUGUCUCGCUCCAUCCACCAACGCCACAUUGCACCACAGACUGUCCAGGAGUUGGUGGUUGCUUUAGUCCAGGUCUGGGAGGAGAUCCCUCAGGAAACCAUCCGCCACCACAUCAGGAGCAUGCCCAGGCGUUGUAGGGAGGUCAUACAGGCACGUGGAGGCCACACACACUACUGAGCCUCAUUUUGACUUGUUUUAAGGACAUCCAUGGGUUGAUAAAUUUGAUUUCCAUUGAUAAUUUUUGUGUGAUUUUGUUGUCAGCACAUUCAACUAUGUAAAGAAAAAAGUAUUUAAUAAGAUUAUUUAAUUCAUUCAGAUCUAGGAUGUGUUGUUUAAGUGUUCCCUUUAUUUGUUUGAGCAGUGUAUAUUUUUAAGCUGUUAAAGGCCCACUCAGUGAUAUACAAUAUCUUGUCAUGGGCCCUUCAGUGGUAUAUAUUUACAUUACAGUAUGGGUUAUAGAGUAUUUUAAAAGACCCUACAGUGUAUAUCAGUACUGUAAUCGUGUUACUGAUUUAGUCACAUACACUACCAGUCAAAAGUUUGGACACACCUACUCAUUCAAGGGUUUUCCUUUAUUUUUACUAUUUUUUACAUUGUAGAAUAAUAGUGAAGACAUCAAAACUAUGAAAUAACAGUAGUAACCAAAAAAGUCUUAAACAAAUCAAAAUAUAUUUUAUAUUUGACAUUCUUCAAAUAGCCACCCUUUGCCUUGAUGACAGCUUUGCGCACUCUUGGCAUUCUCUCAACCAGCUUCAUGAGGUAGUCACCUGGAAUGCAUUUCAAUUAACAGGUGUGCCUUCUUAAAAGUUAAUUUGUGAAUUGAUUUCCUCCUUAAUGCGUUUGAGCCAAUCAGUUGUGUUGUGACAAGGUGGGGGGGGGUAUACAGAAGAUAGCCCUAUUUGGUAAAAGAACAAGUCCAUAUUAUGGUAAGAACAGCUCAAAUAAGCAAAGAGAAACAACAGUCCAUCAUUACUUUAAGACAUGAAGGUCAGUCAAUACUGAACAUUUCAAGAACUUUGAAGUGCUGUCGCAAAAACCAUCAAGUGCUAUGAUGGAACUGGCUCUCAUGAGGACCGCCACAGGAAUGGAAGACCCAGAGGUACCUCUGCUGCAGAGGAUAAGAACAUUAGAGUUACCAGCGUCAGAAAUUGCAGCCCAAAUAAAUGAUUCACAGAGUUCAAGUCACAGACACAUCUCAACAUCAGCUGUUCAGCGGAGACUGCGUGAAUCAGGCCUUCAUGGUCGAAUUGCUGCAAAGAAACCACUACUAAAGGACACCAAUAAGAAGAAGAGACCUGCUUGGGCCAAGAAACACGAGCAAUGGACAUUAGACCGGUGGAAAUUUGUGCUUUGGUCUAGAGUCCAAAUGUGAGGUUUUUGGUUCCAACCGCGUGUCUUUGUGAGACGCAGAGUAGGUGAACGGAUGAUCUCCGCAUGUGUGGUUCCCACCGUGAAGCAUGGAGGAGGUGUGAUGGUGUGGGGGUGCUUUGCUGGUGACACUGUCUGUGAUUUAUUUAGAAUUCAAGGGACACUUAACCAGCAUGGCUACCACAGCAUUCUGCAGCGAUACGCCAUCCCAUCUGGUUUGGGCUUAGUCCCACUAUCAUUUGUUUUUCAACAGGACAAUGACCCAAAACACACCUCCAGGCUGUGUAAGGGCUAUUUUACCAAUAAGGAGAGUGAUGGAGUGCUGCAUCAGAUGACCUGGCCUCCACAAUCCCCCGACCUCAACCAAAUUAAGAUGGUUAGGGAUGAGUCGGACGGCAGGGUGAAGGAAAAGCAGCCAACAAGUGCUCAGCAUAUGUGGGAACACCUUCAAGACUGUUGGAAAAGCAUUCCAGGUGAAGCUGGUUGAGAGAAUGCCAAGAGUGUGCAAAGCUGUCAUCAAGGCAAAGGGUAGCUAUUUGAUUUGUUUAAUACUUUUUUGGUUACUGCAUGAUUCCAUAUGUUAUUUCAUAGUUUUAAUGUCUUCACUAUUAUACAAUGUAGAAAAUAGUAAAAAUAAAUAACCUUUUGAAUGAGUCCUAACUAUUUACUUGUACUGUGUGUGAAACUGGUGUUUCUUAAAUUAAAGCUAUAUGCAAAUAUAUCAGACUGGUGCACCUGGUGCACACCAGUAAAACGAAACAUCGACCUUGUAGCUUGAUAACGCAACUGGCAUAUCUGGCCAAGAACCUCUAGACCUUUACUAGUGUGUUCAGUCAAAAUGACUGGUAGGUGUGAACAGAUGAUCUAAAAUCAUUGCGUCUCUCUCUCAUAGCUCUGAUGGUGUUGCUGGGAGUUCUGGACUUCCUGUUCGUCAACCAUGCCUGUCACAGUAUCAUCACACGGGGGGCCUCUGUCCAACUGGUCUUUGGAUUUGAGGUUCGUAAAACUAUACAUUUGUGAUUUUUUUUAUUUUUAAUCUGUCAUGUGACACUUUAUUCCUAUAUACCUGCCACAUUGUUUGGAAGUAAUCUAUUGUCUUGAUGAAUCAAAGCAGUUGGUUAUGCUUCAGUACACCUCCUCUAAAUAUUAACACUGUUAUUGUUUAGUACGCCAUCCUGAUGACUAUGGUGCUCACCGCCUUCAUCAAAUACACCCUCCACACGGUUCCCCCUCUCCAGAGUGACAGCCCCUGGGACAACAAAGCAGUCUACAUGCUGUACACUGAGCUCUUCACUGGUAGGAUACCCUCACUGAUCCCUUUACACUGAGCUCUUCACUGGUAAGAUCCUUUACACGAGGAUAUACCUUUAUCACUAAAGAUCCUCUUUACCUCUCUCUGUAUACCUCACUAAGACCUCUUCUUUUCACUGGAUACCUUUAUCACGAUUCACACUUUAUCCUACAUAAGAUCCUCUUUACACUGAGCUCUUCACUGGUAUACCUUUAUCACUAAAGAUACUCUACACUUGCUGUACAACUUUAAAGGUCCAGUUUCUUGGAUCCACAUUAAGCCACAUUUCUUAGCAUGCUCAAUGAACAUGCUUUUCAUUCCAGGACUAGGGUUGUUUUGGGUCCAGGAAACUGGUCCUGUGUGUGUGUGUGUGUAUGUGUAUACAGCUCUAGAAAAAAUUAAGAGACCACUGCAAAAUUAUCCGUUUCUCUGGUUUUACUAUUUAUAGGUAUGUGUUUGGGUAACAAUAACAUGUUUUUUUUUAUUCUAUAAACUACUGACAUUUCUCCCAAAUUCCAAAUAAAAUAUUGUCAUUUAGAUCACAAAAUAACAAAAAGAUGCAGUGUUGUCAGACCUCGAAUAAUGCAAAGAAAAUAAGUUCAUGUUCAUUUUUAAACAACACAAUAGUAAUGUUUUAACUUUAGGAAGAGUUCAGAAAUCAAUAUUUGGUGGAAUAACCCUGAUUUUCAAUCACAGCUUUCAUGCAUCUUGGCAUGCUCUCCACCAGUCUUUCACAUUGAUGUUGGGUGACUUUAUGCCACUCCUGGCGCAAAAAUUCAAGCAGCUCGGCUUUAAUUGAUGGCUUGUGACCAUCCAUCUUCCUCUUGAUCACAUUCCAGAAGUUUUCAAUGGGGUUCAGGUCUGGAGAUUGGGCUGGCCAUGACAUGGUCUUGAUCUGGUGGUCCUCCAUCCACACCUUGAUUGACCUGGCUGUGUGGCAUGGCGCAUUGUCCUGCUGGAAAAAACCAAUCCUCAGAGUUGGGGAACAAUGUCAGAGCAAAAGGAAGCAAGUUUUCUUCCAGGACAACCUUGUACGUGGCUUGAUUCAUGCGUCCUUCACAAAGACACAUCUGCCCGAUUCCAGCCUUGCUGAAGCACCCCCAGAUCAUCACCGAUCCUCCACCAAAUUUCACAGUGGGUGCGAGACACUGUGGCUUGUAGGCCUCUCCAGGUCUCUGUCUAACCAUUAGACGACCAGGUGUUGGGCAAAGCUGAAAAUUGGACUCAUCCAUUAAAAUGAUAGACUGAUCAUGUCUUUGUCAGUGGGCAAACGUACAAAAUCAGCAGGGGAUCAAAUACUUUUUUUCCCUCACUGUGUGUGCGUGUAUAUAUGUGUGUAUAUGCUCAAAAAAAUAAAGGGAACACUAGAAUAACAUCUGAUGAAUGAAAUAAUCGUAUUAAAUAUUUUUCCUUUACAUAGUUGAGUGUGUUGACAACAAAAUCACACAAAAACUAUCAAUGGAAAUCAAAUGUAUCAACCCAUGGUGGUCUGGAUUUGGAGUUGCCCUCAAAAUUAAAGUGGAAAACCACACUACAGGCUGAUCCAACUUUGAUGUAAUGUCCUUAAAACAAGUCAAUAUUAGGCUCAGUAGUGUGUGUGGCCUCCACGUGCCUGUAUGACCUCCCUACAACGCCUGGGCAUGCUCCUGAUGAGGUGGCGGAUGGUCUCCUGAGGGAUCUCCUCCCAGACCUGGACUAAAGCAUCCGCCAACUCCUGCACAGUCUGUGGUGGAUGGAGCGAGACAUGAUGUCCCAGAUGUGCUCAAUUGGAUUCAGGUCUGGGGAACGGGCGGGCCAGUCCAUAGCAUCAAUGCCUUCCUCUUGCAGGAACUGCUGACACACUCCAGCCACAUGAGGUCUUGCAUUAGGAGGAACCCAGGGCCAACCGCACCAGCAUAUGGUCUCACAAGGGGUCUGAGGAUCUCAUCUCGGUACCUAAUGGCAGUCAGGCUACCUCUGGCGAGCACAUGGAGGGCUGUGCGACCCCCUAAAGAAAUUCCACCCCACACCAUGACUGACCCACCGCCAAACCGGUCAUGCUGGAGGAUGUUGCAGGCAGCAGAACGUUCUCCACGGCGUCUCCAGACUCUGUCACGUGCUCAGUGUGAACCUGCUUUCAUCUGUGAAGAGCACAGGGUGCCAGUGGCGAAUUUGCCAAUCUUGGUGUUCUCUGGCAAAUGCCAAAUGUCCUGCACGGUGUUGGGCUGUAAGCACAACCCCCACCUGUGGACAUCGGGCCCUCAUACCACCCUCAUGUAGUCUGUUUCUGACCGUUUGAGCAGACACAUGCACAUUUGUGGCCUGCUGGAGGUCAUUUUGCAGGGUUCUGGCAGUGCUCCUCCUGCUCCUUCUUGCACAAAGGCGGAGGUAGCAGUCCUGCUGCUGGGUUGUUGCCCUCCUACGGCCUCCUCCACGUCUCCUGAUGUACUGGCCUGUCUCCUGGUAGCGCCUCCAUGCUCUGGACACUACGCUGACAGACACGGCAAACCUUCUUGCCACAGCUCGCAUUGAUGUGCCAUCCUGGAUGAGCUGCACUACCUGAGCCACUUGUGUGGGUUGUAGACUCCGUCUCAUGCUACCACUAGAGUGAAAGCACCGCCAGCAUUCAAAAGUGACCAAAACAUCAGCCAGGAAGCAUAGGAACUGAGAAGUGGUCUGUGGUCACCACCUGCAGAACCACUUCUUUAUUGGGGGUGGCUUGCUAAUUGCCUAUAAUUUCCACCUGUUGUCUAUUCCAUUUGCACAACAGCAUGUGAAAUUUAUUGUCAAUCAGUGUUGCUUCCUAAGUGGACAGUUUGAUUUCACAGAAGUGUGAUUGACUUGGAGUUACAUUGUGUUGUUUAAGUGUUCCCUUUAUUUUUUUGAGCUGUGUGUGUGUGUAUGUAUAUAUAUAUAUAUAUAUAUAUAUAUAUAUAUAUAAAUAUAUAUAUAUAUAUAUAUAUAUAUAUAAUUUUUUGAAGUGGGAUGUUUAAGACAUUAACAUCUCCCCACUCUUCCCUCCCAGGUUUCAUCAAGGUCCUUCUGUAUAUGGCGUUCAUGACCAUCAUGAUAAAGGUGCACACCUUCCCCCUAUUCGCCAUCCGGCCCAUGUACCUGGCUAUGAGGUGAGCAACACAGCUACUCUGAACCCUAGAAUAAAGAUACCACUCUAAAUUCUUGGACCUAGUCUGAACCCAGGACUCUCUGAAGACUCCAUAUGUUAUCCGGCCAACAGAUUGUCUUCUCUAUUGUUUAGUUGUUAUUAGAGGCAGAUGUAACCAUUAGAACACUUGAAUUUCUGGAUUUUGUUCUUUUUAGGCAGUUCAAGAAAGCUGUAACGGAUGCAGUAAUGUCCCGGCGAGCCAUCCGCAACAUGAAUACACUGUGAGUGUGCAAUGCAUCCGUUUCUUGGUUAUUUUGUGUAUCCACAAUUUUAAAAAAAUUAAAUAAAUCGUUCCUCUUACCAUAUUCAUCAUUUAGGAUGGAAAAACAUUGACUAAACGUCAGUGGACUAGUCAAUGUUCAAUGAACUCUAUUUGUAUCUCUGCAGUUACCCAGAUGCCACUCCUGAAGAUCUGCUGGCUUCAGAUAAUGUGUGUAUCAUCUGUCGUGAAGAAAUGGUGACUGGAGCCAAGAAACUUCCCUGCAACCAUAUCUUCCACUCAAGGUAUUUUAUGGGUACAUCUACGCUAUACUUAUUUUAGACAGAACGGUAUCAGAAAGUAGAAAAUAAGAUUUUUUUUUUUUUAAAUAUUUGACUAGGCAUUUUUGUCCCAUUUAUUGUUUGGGCUGAUCCUGUUGGUUUUCUGCUGUUUAUGUCACCAACUCGGUGUAGCUAACUAACCUUUUCCUACAUUUUGUAUCCCAGUUGCCUUCGCUCCUGGUUCCAGAGACAGCAGACGUGUCCUACAUGUCGUAUGGAUGUCCUCCGGGCCUCUAACCCCAACCAGCCCCCCGCCCCAGCCCCUGCCCAGCCCCCUGCCCCAGCAGCACCAGCCAACGCCCCUGUCCCUGGCCCACCUGGGAACGGUGGGUAGCGCCACACGGAGCAACACGUCUAACGUCAAAUAUCGCAACGGCUCAAUCUGCACUGAUUAGUUAAACUGAAACGGGUUCAAUAUUUAGAUAUCUGAUAGUAACCUAGUAAUAGUUUCAUGAAGUUACUAGAUAUAAACUGGGUUGACUCCCAAGCAGCUGACUGACAUGCGUCUCCCUCUUGUCUCCUCUAGUUGGUCCUGGAAUGAUGCCCCACUUCCCCCCAGGGCUGUUUCCUUUCUGGGGCCCCUUCCCUGGAGCGGCCCCCCCUGCUGGUGCUCCUGGCGCCCCAGGGGCCACAGACGCCCCUCAGGCCACAGAAGCAGCUCAGACUCAGGGAGCUGGUGAGUCUCAUUUCUACUCUCUGGUACUUAAGACUGACAUUUUGACAGAUGCCUGUCUUUUCUGAAUGGGAGGGUAGACGCAGACCAAUCUCCACAUUCUAUAUAGCCAAUUAAAGUGGUAUUUUCCCUGACCUAGAUGACGAAAUGGCACGUUCAAUAGAGAUUCUCAAUUGAGCAUGCUUUUUGGUCCAGGAGUAUGUUUCCUCUGGGUCUGGGAGAUCAGCUCUGAAGUGUCUGUCCUAACAUUCUGUGAACAUUUGAAGUCAUAAUUUCUCCUUGUGUGAAUCAGGCACCAGUCAGUCCGCUGGGGCCAGUACAGUCGGUGCUGCUCCAGGAGGCCCUAUGCCUGGGUUCCCCUUCUCCUCCUUCCCACCCCCACUGUUCCCCUCAGCUCCGUGGCUGACUAUGCCACCACCUCCACCGUUUGGUAAGACCUGGAGUCAUUCCCACUUACUCCUUCACAUAAAAUAGUACUGUAGAUGGGCCACCAUUUUUCAACAUUUCUAGCAACAGUUCAGUUCUUAUUUACCCUGUUGCCUAUGGAGGGCUGUUGCUGAGGGCAGAGAUGUUCACAAAUCUGUAUUAAGGCUGGAAUGUUGAAUAACCUUGUUACCCUGUGUGCUCCGUCUUAGUGUCAGCCAUGCCCCCUCCUCCCCCGGCCCUGUCCACCAUGUCAGAGGCUGAGCUGACGGAGCUGGAGCAGGAGGGCCGUAGAGGCCUGGAGGCCAGACUGCAGUGUCUCCACAACAUCCACACUCUACUGGACGCUGCCAUGCUCAACAUCCACCAUUACCUCACUACCGUCGCCACACUCACGUACUGAAUGCCUUGUUUCAUUUUUAUGUGGGAAAACCACAUCUUUCUUUUAUUGUUUAAACAUGUGACAAUCAUACUACUCCUUUCCUCCUCAGUCCUCCUCGGUCAGAAACCAGCAGCUCUGCUGGCGAGGCCAGUGGAUCAUCUCCUCCCUCCGCUAGUGCAGAAACCCAGGAGAAUGACUGUCAGAGCAGUACAGGUGAGUCUUCCUAUUGACUAACUGACAUUGUGAAGUGAACCAGAAUCAUUCAGUUAGGAAUCCGGACUAGCCGUUAGUGGGAUUUUGAAGCGGCAUGUUUUAUACCGUAGACGCAUUUCCUUUCUCACUUUUGUUUCUGUCCCUCUCUCCAGCCGCUGAAGCUGAACCUGAAGCUGAAGCUGAAGCUGUGAACGGGGCCACAGGUUUCUCCCAGCCAGACUCUACCACGUUGGGCGACAGUGAAGACCAGGGGGAUGGAGAAGAAGUCGGGGGAGACGGAGAGCCCAACCCUUCGGAGCUGAGGCGCCGUCGUCUCCGCAAACUCGAGACUACACCCCCUCCUCCUGACCACUGA